UUUUUUUUCGAGUUCUCAGUGAAGAGUUAAAUCCAUUUCCAUUACAAGCACCCACUUGACCAUGGGACUCAAUAUGUAUUUUUUCAUUUUUAGCUACGUUUUAUUACUUUAAAUUGUUAUUUACCACAUCGUUCAGUUUUUUUUCGAGUUCUGAGUGGCCCUCCCAUCAAAGGGUCGCGGGUUCAAAUUCUCCAUUAACUCUCUUCUAAGCAGAUCCGGGCGAGACAUCUUUAAGCAAUCAGCGAACGGUUCAGAGAUUCAUUUGCAAAUUCAAGGAAGGAUUUGGCUGUUUCGAAAGCCAGCGCAAUUUGAUCUUUUCUUUCAGUGGAGGUGAAGCCAGACCGAGUAGAGAUGGUACUAGUAUUAGCUCUGGGAGAUCUGCACAUUCCACACAGGGCGCCUGAUUUGCCAGCCAAAUUCAAAUCUAUGCUCGUUCCAGGAAAAAUCCAGCACAUUAUCAGUCCUGGAAAUCUCUGCAUCAAGGAAGUUCACGACUACUUGAAGAGUCUCUGUCCUGACUUACAUGUGACUCGAGGUGAGUAUGAUGAGGACCCACGUUAUCCAGAAACCAAAACAUUGACGAUUGGUCAAUUCAAGCUUGGGAUUUGCCAUGGUCACCAGGUGGUUCCUUGGGGAGAUCUUGAUUCCUUAGCAAUGCUGCAACGCCAGCUUGAUGUGGAUAUUCUUAUUACGGGCCAUACUCACCAAUUUAAAGCUUACAAGCAUGAGGGAGGAGUGGUCAUAAAUCCUGGCUCUGCAACAGGUGCCUACAGUAGCAUAACUUAUGACGUAAAUCCCAGUUUUGUAUUGAUGGACAUUGAUGGCCUAAGAGUGGUGGUUUAUGUUUAUGAACUUAUUGAUGGGGAGGUUAAAGUUGACAAAAUCGAUUUCAAAAAAUCACCAACAGCCCAAUAGAAUGCCUGUGAGUCCUAACCUCAACCCAUAUUAUCUUCUUGGAGAGUCAGAUUGUGCAUUGUGUACAUAUCUCUACUCCUUUUAGAGACCGAUUUUUUUUGUUAGCUCUUAAAAUCUAUUUGAAUGAUGUGGAAUUCAAUGUCAUAAUCACCCGUUUGUUUUGUGGACUGAAAGAUUUAGGGUGAGCUUGAAUUUAUUCUCGUUGUAUUAUGCUAUUUAUCUCAGAUUUUUAUUGUUGGGGAAUAUUAGAAUGCAGAAAAGUGCGCUUACAGUUCACCAGGUGUGAUAUGGUGUUUAUAUUCUGGCACUACAGUAACUGGGAACAAUUUUAAUUCUUAUGGAAUCUUUCCGUGCAAGUGAACUUGCCGUGGAAAUUUGAAUGUUGUUUGCCAUGUACCUUGAAUUUUUAAAAUCCUGGAUGUAUUUUGAACUGUAAUACGUGGAAAGUGAAGAGUGAAGAAUUUCUUUCUGAAGUAAUAAAGAUGGGAUACAUGUAUACCAUGUAAAUAAUGGAAGUGCUUACUCCAAAUUGAGAAACUCAAAGUGUUAUUGCAUAAUGUCUUCUCAUUUCUUCAACGUAUAUUACAAUUUUGGUCUUUUGCUGC